AUGGCCCCGGAGGAUUGGAGGAUGUGCUUGCCAGCCCAGUCGUGCCGUUCGAUGAUGUCGCUGAAGGACGUCUUGGGGAGACUUCAAAGCCCAGGGCGGCUUAUUGCAUCUAUUGUGGCAGGAGAUCGCCUUGAAGUGAUUGUAAACGGCUCCGAAGACAUUCGUCGAAGCUCCACUUGGGAACCGUGUGUGGUCCUUGCUCACGACCUGCAGACCGUUCCUCGGCAGACAAUUGGCCAUCGCCAUGGCACUGCAGAGACGCCUCGCGCCUCGCAAGCGCUGAAGCCAAGGGUCACGGUAGAGGAGAAUGACACGAUCCUCGUUGGAACUGUCAGCGGCUGGCAGCCAGCGAAAGUCCUCAGCAAAGAUCCCGAAGAUGAUACCCUCGACCUGGCCUUCCCCAGCGGAGCGCAGCUGCAGUCCGUGCGGCCGCGCAUUCGACACAUGCAAGAUCAGACUACGCGCUUUGAUCAAGGUGACUCGUACAACGAUGUGGCAGAAGGCGAACGCAUCAAGGUGGACACCUCGCGUGGUUGGGAGAUUGCCUCCGUCGUGAAAAAACAUGAAGGCACCAAGUCCCUGGACAUUGAAAUGUUCCCGGACGGGGAAAGAUUUGAAAGCUGCAAGCCUCUUAUCCGAAAGCCCAAGACCAAAGCAAAUGAGACUGCGUUGGCACUUUGGGCAGAGAAUCAGCGGCUGCGAAGACGAAUAGCCAUAAUGUCCAGCCUGAAAGCAAUCUUCACCUCGACGGCUCUUGCGAAAGUGGCCUGGUAUAUCGCACGCCACCAUAUCAAUGAGUACGUACAAGAAUACAAACACAAUGGAAUCCCGGAUGAUCCAGACUUUCGUGAAAACAUGCGGCUUUGGGGGCUGUCGUAG